UUGUUAUUUGAAGAAGAUUGCAUUUUUCUGGAUUAGAGAAAUUGUUAAUUAACAAUAAUAUUGUGAAACUUCUUAAAUAAACUACGCGUCACAAACGGUCGCACGUCAGCGGUUCUCACACAUUUCUACAUAUUAUAUUUUAACCUUGUACUGUUAGAUGGCGUUUAAAAAUGUCAAUUUCACUGCGUUCGAUAUGUCCGGUCACGAUCGUCAUAGAUCAUUAUGGGAGCAUUAUUACAAGGAUUGCCAUGGAAUUAUCUUUAUAAUUGACAGUAGCGACAAACUUCGACUGGUUGUCGUGAAGGAAGAAUUGGACAUGCUUUUGCAACAUCCAGACGUAGCAGGACGCAAAAUACCCAUCCUCUUCUUGGCGAACAAAAUGGACCUGCCCGAUUCUUUGACUACUGUGAAGUUAGUCGCGGGUUUGGGACUUGAACGCAUACAGAACAAGCCAUGGCACAUUCGUGCAACGAACGCGUUAACCGGCGAAGGUCUGCAACCGGCUAUCGAGUGGCUGACGGACCAGAUUCGUGAUAUAUUCAUCAACAAGAGGUAAACGGCGUCGAGACGUCGACGGUUGGGCGAACCUCAUCGCAUCGCAUCGGGUCAACAUCAUCGACGCGGUGUCUGCGGGAGUCAUGUGCAGGUCAAUUUUAUCGUGAGUUAGUGUUUCUUAAAUGGCGGCUCUCGAACUUCCGAGAAGUAACGGUUUUUCGCGAAGAUUCUUCAUCACGAGAUUCCUCUAUAUUUCACCUUGAGAAACUUUGAUAUCGCGUAAGAAACACAAUCAGUGUAAGAAGCAUAUGGUUAAGUGAUCGAAUCGUGUAUUAUUUAUGGUAAGAUUAUUUAUGGUAAGAUUUAUGGUAUUUGGGAAGCAUCGUCAUGAACUCAAUUCCAUAUUUUUAUCCGUCCAUAGAAAUAUUCGUGUAAUAUGCAGAUGCUGAGAUAUACAUGUAUGUAUAUAAAAGCUUAUCGCUUUAUCGUAACUAAAAGCAAUUAAUUGCUGUGCAAUUACAAUUUUUAACGUGCCAUUUGCUUGAAAUAUGCGGAAUAGUAUUCCAUAAUUAACACAUCACAAAUAUUAUUUAUUAUGAUCUUUGGAAUAAACAAUGCACAAGUAGUUGCAUUUUAAUGAUA